AUGGCCCAAUGCUCCUGGAGUUUCCUCAUUCAUACGCUUUACAGGGAAGGGGUUCCACAAAUCCCACCCUGGGUGGGCUGCUAUUCCCUGACUGCUGCAGCCCAGAACCAUGACCCCAAAGACAGAGGUGGACAAAGGCUGUGUGGUCCCCAGAGGGUGUCUCGGAAUGCCUGGCAGCAGUUGGUGUCGGCACCGCCAAGUGCCAGGAGAGUGGAGGCCUCUGCCUGCUGGCAGCUCACCGUGAGGGUCCUGGAGGCGCGGAACCUGCGCAGGGCCGACCUGUUGAGUGAGGCUGACCCUUACGUGAUCCUACAGCUGUCGACCGUGCCUGGAAUGAAGUUUAAGACCAAGACGCUCACCGACACCAGUCAUCCUGUGUGGAAUGAGCCCUUCCAUUUCCUUAUCCAAAGUCAGGUCAAGAAUGUUCUGGAACUUAGCAUCUAUGAUGAGGACUCAAUCACGGAGGAUGACAUCUGCUUCAAGGUUCUCUAUGAUAUCUCAGAAGUCCUCCCUGGCAAGCUGCUCCGGAAAACCUUCUCCCAGAGUCCCCAGGGACAGGAGGAGCUGGAUGUGGAGUUCCUGAUGGAAGAAACGUCGGAUCGCCCAGAAAACCUCAUCACCAACAAAGUCCUUGUGGCCCGAGAGCUGUCAUGCCUGGAUGUGCAUCUGGACAGUGCAGGUAGCACCGCUGUGGUUGCAGAUCAGGACAAGCUGGAGCUGGAGCUGGAGUUGAAGGGGUCCUAUGAGGACACACAGACAUCCUCCCUGGGCACAGCCUCUGCCUUCCGCUUCCACUACAUGGCAGCCCUAGAGACAGAGCUGAGUGGGCGCCUGAGGAGCUCCACAAGCAACGUCUGGAAUGGGGACAACUCAGCUCGGCGCCUCACUGUGCCCCUGAGGCCUUUGAUCGGGAAGGAGGUGACCAUGGAUGUUCCUGCUCAAGAUGUCCCAGGAGUGAGGCUGCAGCUCAAGGCAGAGGGCUGCUCCAAGGAGCUGGCCGUGCACCUGGGCUUCAAUCUGUGUGCAGAGGAGCAGGCCUUCCUGAGCAGGAGGAAGCAGGUGGUGGCCAAGGCCCUGAAGCAGGCCCUGCAGCUGGACAGAGACCUGCAGGAGGACGAGGUACCCAUCGUGGGCAUCAUGGCCACAGGAGGAGGUGCCCGGGCCAUGACCUCACUUUACGGCCACCUGUUGGCCCUGCAGAAGCUGGGCCUGCUGGACUGUGUGACCUACUUCAGUGGCGUCUCAGGCUCUACAUGGACAAUGGCCCACCUGUACGGGGACCCUGAGUGGUCGCAGAAGGACCUGGAGGGACCUAUCAGACACGCCCGGGAGCACCUGGCCAAGAGCAAGCUGGAGGUCUUUUCCCCAGAGCGCCUGGCAAGUUACCGCCGGGAGCUGGAGCUGCAGGCUGAGCAGGACCACCCCACAUCUUUUGUGGAUCUGUGGGCGCUAGUGCUGGAGUCCAUGCUGCACGGCCAGGUGAUGGAUCAGAAGCUGUCAGGACAGAGAGCUGCCCUGGAACGGGGUCAGAACCCUCUGCCCCUCUACUUGAGCCUCAAUGUCAAAGAGAACAAUCUGGAGACGCUGGACUUUAAGGAGUGGGUUGAGUUCUCCCCCUAUGAGGUCGGGUUCCUGAAGUACGGAGCCUUCGUCCCUCCUGAGCUCUUCGGCUCCAAGUUCUUCAUGGGACGGCUGAUGAGGAGGAUCCCGGAGCCCCGGAUCUGCUUUCUGGAAGCCAUCUGGAGCAACGUUUUCUCCCUGAACCUGCUGGACGCCUGGUAUGACCUCACCAGCUCUGGGGAGUCCUGGAAACAGCACAUCAAGGACAAGACCAGGAGCUCAGAGAAGGAGCCCCUGACCUCCUUGGAGACCUCCUCGUGGCUGGAGGCCUCGUGGCUGCAGCCGGGCACGGCGCUGGCCCAGGCAUUUAAAGGCUUCCUGACCGACAGGCCCCUCCACCAGCGCAGCCCCAACUUCCUCCAGGGCCUCCAGCUACACCAGGACUACUGCAGCCACAAAGGCUUCUCCACCUGGGCAGACUGCCAGCUUGACUCCACGCCCAGCCAGCUGACUCCCCAGGAGCCCCAGCUCUGCCUGGUGGACGCUGGCUACUUCAUCAACACCAGCUGUCCCUCCAUGUUCCGGCCGGGCCGCAGGCUGGACCUCAUCCUCUCCUUCGACUACUCUCUAUCUGCGCCCUUUGAGGCACUGCAGCAGACAGAGGUGUACUGCCGGGCCCGGGGGCUGCCCUUCCCCCGGGUGGAACCCAGCCCUCAGGACCACCAGCAGCCAAGGGAGUGCCACCUCUUCUCAGACCCCGCCUGCCCCGAGGCCCCGAUCCUGCUGCAUUUCCCGCUGGUCAAUGCCUCCUUCAAGGACCACUCAGCCCCCGGUGUCCAGCGCAGCCCCGCAGAGCUCCAGGCUGGCCAAGUGAAUCUCACCGGGGCUACCUCCCCGUACGCCCUGCCCAACAUGACCUACAAGGAGGAAGACUUCGAGCGCCUGCUACGGCUCAGUGACUACAACGUGCAGACCAGCCAGGGUGCCAUCCUGCAGGCCCUGAGGACUGCACUGAAGCACCGGGCCCUAGAGGCGAGGCCUCCAGGGGCACAGACCUGAGGCUGCUCAGAGCCCCCAGGACCCUGAGGGCCACAAUCUGACCCUCCAGGGCCUGCGGGCAUAACCUGAUCUGCAGCUGAGCUCAGCCACAGGCCUUCCCGGCUGGAGUUCUGGGCACUCCCAGGCCUGGGUGACCUCUGCAGCUGGUCUCACUGCCCAGAGGGAACUGCAUCCAGUGCAGAGUUCUCCCUCACGUUCAUGGCUGGCUUGAGAAGAGUUGAAAAUAACUUCGCCAGGCCAGUGUGUGGAACAGCUGGUCCAACCAGGCAGACUUUCACACCACAAUUACUUCCAUGCCUGAGCAGAAUAGAUUUGAGGUGCAAGCUAGAGGCGGCAGAUCAGGAGUAGGAAGAGGAAGGACAGGGGAUGCCUGACCUGACAGGUGGCUUCAGGCCUCAGGAAUCACAAGAUAUCCUGAAUACAUUGCCUCCCCAUCUUCUUCCUGCUCCCCCUCCUCUCCUUGUCCUUCUCCUCUUUCUCCUCCUGCUUUCAGUAUGCAAGUCUUAUACUUGUUUAAAUUUAUUCCUAAAUAUUUUA